GCCCCUUCCGGGCUGCAGGCGGGUCCCGCCUGAGGAGGGACGCCCGACCCCAGGGAAGGCGGUGGGCCCGGGCGAAGGCCGAGGGCGUGUGGUGGCGCCGGAGACAAGGUGCGGAGUGCGGUCGGGAUCCGUAGCCGCAGCCAAAAACGCAGAGAGCAGGAGCCCCGGAGCAGGGAGCCUCCGGCGGCCGCCUGCAGGAGUCCACAGUCAGCCUCCUUCUUCGGUGAGGACAGUGUCCUGGCCCCGAGUCUAUCGAGGAAAAAUGAAGUUAAGCCGCCAGUUCACCGUGUUUGGCAGCGCGAUCUUCUGUGUGGUGAUCUUCUCGCUCUACCUGAUGCUGGACCGGGGUCACUUAGACUACCCCAAGAGCCCGCGCCGCGAGGGCUCCUUUCCCCAGGGCCAGCUCUCAAUGUUGCAAGAAAAAAUAGACCAUUUGGAGCGUUUGCUAGCUGAGAAUAAUGAGAUCAUCUCAAACAUUAGAGACUCGGUCAUCAAUUUGAGUGAGUCUGUGGAGGAUGGUCCAAAAAGUUCACAAGGCAAUUUCAGCCAAGGUGCUGGCGCACCUCUUCUGCCAUCAAAACAGUUGUCCCUUGUAGUGGACCCUGAAGACUGUUCGUUCGCUUUGCAAAGUGGAAGUCGGAAUUCAGAUGUGCAGAUGUUGGAUGUUUACAGUCUAAUUCCUUUUGACAAUCCAGAUGGUGGAGUUUGGAAACAAGGAUUUGACAUUAGCUAUUUAUUUAAUGAAUGGGACUCUAAGCCCCUUCAAGUCUUUGUGGUGCCUCAUUCCCAUAACGACCCAGGUUGGUUGAAGACUUUUGAUGACUACUUUAGAGAGAUGACUCAGUAUAUUUUUAAUAACAUGGUCAUCAAGCUGAAAGAAGACUCACGGAGAAAAUUUAUGUGGUCUGAGAUUUCUUACCUUUCAAAGUGGUGGGAUACUAUAGAUAAGCCGAAGAAGGAUGCUGUUAAAAGUUUGCUACAGAAUGGUCAGUUUGAAAUUGUGACAGGUGGCUGGGUUAUGCCUGAUGAAGCUGCUCCACAUUAUUUUGCCUUAAUUGACCAACUAAUUGAAGGACAUCAGUGGCUGGAAAAAAAUCUAGGAGUGAAACCUCGGUCCGGUUGGUCUAUUGAUCCUUUUGGACAUUCACCAACAAUGGCUUAUCUCCUCAAACGCGCUGGAUUUUCUCACAUGCUUAUUCAGAGAGUUCACUAUGCAGUUAAAAAACAUUUUGCAUUGCAUAAAACGCUGGAAUUUUUUUGGAGACAGAAUUGGGAUCUGGGAUCUGGCACAGAUAUUUUUUGCCACAUGAUGCCUUUCUACAGCUAUGACAUCCCUCAUACGUGCGGACCUGAUCCUAAAAUAUGCUGCCAGUUUGAUUUUAAACGGCUUCCCGGAGGCAGAUUUGGUUGUCCCUGGGGAGUCCCCCCAGAAACAAUACAUCUUGGAAAUGUCCAAAAGAGGGCUGAGAUGCUUCUAGAUCAGUACCGAAAGAAGUCAAAGCUCUUCCGUACUACAGUUGUCCUGGCCCCACUAGGAGAUGAUUUUCGCUACUGUGAACGCAUAGAAUGGGAUCAUCAGUAUAAGAAUUAUCAGCUGCUUUUUGAUUAUAUGAAUUCUCAUCCUGAGUAUAAUGUUAAGAUACAGUUUGGGACUUUAUCAGAUUAUUUUGAUGCACUGGAUAAAGAAGAUGUAGCCAUUAGAAAGAAUAGCCAAUCCAUGUUCCCUGUUCUAAGUGGAGAUUUUUUCACUUAUGCUGACCGAGACGAUCAUUACUGGAGCGGCUACUUUACAUCCAGACCCUUCUACAAACGAAUGGAUAGGAUAUUGGAAUCCCAUCUAAGGGCUGCUGAAAUUCUUUACUAUUUCGCCCUGAAACAAGCUCAGAAAUACAAGAUAAGUAAAUUUCUUUCAUCAUCCCAUUACAUGGCACUGACAGAAGCCAGAAGAAAUUUGGGACUGUUUCAACAUCAUGAUGCUAUCACAGGAACUGCAAAAGAUUGGGUGGUUGUGGAUUAUGGUACCAGACUCUUUCAUUCAUUAACGAAUUUGAAGAAGAUAAUUGGAUAUUCUGCACUACUUCUUAUUUUGAAGGACAAAAACUCGUACAACCCUUACUCUUUUGAUAACCUCCUAGACAUGGAUUUGAAACAAAACUCACAAGGUUCUCUACCACAAAAAACUGUAAUAACACUGAGUGCAGAGCCAAGGUAUCUUGUGGUCUGUAAUCCUUCAGAACAAGACCGAAUCUCAGUGGUCUCAGUCUAUGUAAGUUCCCCCACAGCACAAGUGUCUUCUGCUUCCGGAAAGCCUGUGGAAAUUCAGAUGAGUGCAGUUUGGAAUACAGCAACUACUAUUUCACAGACAGCCUAUGAGAUCUCCUUCCUAGUGCAGAUGCCACCACUCGGACUGAAAGUGUAUAGAAUUUUGGAAUCAGCAAGUUCAGACCCACAUUUAGCUGAGUAUGUGCUGCAUAAUGGUAACGUAAAAGAUAAAGGAAUUUUCAACAUGAAGAAUGUAAAAAGUACUGAAGAAGAUAUAACUCUAGAGAACUCCUUUGUUAAACUUCGGUUUGAUCAGUCUGGGCUUUUGGAGGAAAUGAUAAAUAAAGAAGACAGUAAACAUCAUGAAGUAAAAGUGCAAUUUUCAUGGUAUGGAACCACCAGUAAAAAGGACAAAAGUGGUGCCUACCUCUUCUUACCUGAUGGGGAAGCCAAGCCUUAUGUUUACACAACACUGCCCUUUGUCAGAGUGCAACAUGGAAGGUUUUACUCAGACGUGACUUGCUUUUUGGAACAUAUUACCCAUAGAGUCCGACUGUACAACAUCCAAGGAAUAGAUGGACAGUCUGUGGAAGUGUCCAAUAUCGUGGACAUCCGAAAAGAACAUAACCGUGAGAUUGCAAUGAGAAUUUCUUCUAGCAUAAACAGUCAAAACAAAUUUUAUACUGACCUGAAUGGAUAUCAGAUUCAGCCUAGAAUGACAAUGAGCAAAUUACCUCUUCAAGCAAAUGUCUAUCCGAUGACUACAAUGGCCUAUAUACAGGAUACCAAGCAUCGCUUGACAUUACUCUCAGCUCAGUCUUUAGGGGUUUCAAGUUUGAAAAGUGGUCAGAUUGAAGUUAUCAUGGAUCGAAGACUCAUGCAAGAUGAUAAUCGCGGCCUUGAGCAAGGUGUCCAUGAUAACAAGGUUACAGCUAAUUUAUUUCGAAUACUACUGGAAAAAAGAAGUGUGAAUACGGAAGAAGAAAAGAAGUCAGUCAGUUAUCCUUCUCUCGUUAGCCACAUAACUUCCUCUUUCCUGAAUCAUCCUGUCUUUACAAUGACAGAAAAGAUCCCCGUGCCCACCCUUCAGCUGCUAGGUGAAUUCUCUCCGUUACUGUCAUCUUUGCCUUGUGACAUUCAUCUCGUUAAUCUGAGGACAAUACAGUCAAAGGUGGAUGGCAAGCAUUCCGAUGAGGCAGCCUUGAUCCUCCACAGGAAGGGGUUUGACUGCCGCUUCUCGAGCAGAGACACGGGGCUGCUUUGUUCCACAACCCAGGGAAAGAUUUUGGUACAGAAGCUUUUUAGCAUGUUUACUGUCGCAAGUCUCAUACCUUCAUCAUUAUCCUUGAUGCAUUCACCUCCAGACGCCCGAAAUAUAAGUGACAUCAACUUGAGUCCCAUGGAAAUCAGCACAUUCCGAAUCCAGUUGAGAUGAACCUGGCUUUCAGAUUUGGAUUGGGAAGCAUUGUCUUUUAUACACUUCUUGGUUUGACGUGCAAUAAGGAAGCACAUUAUUUUAGCUUCUGGCUACUGUGAGGACAUGAAUUCUGUGAUUGUUAUUAUAAUUAUUAUUAUUUUUUUUUUACUAGUACAGAAAGAAAAAAAAAAAGCCAUGCUAUAGCCAGUUUUUCUUUAAGUUCCAUCCAUGAAUCACCACCAUCAGUAUGAAUCGAUGCAACAAUGAAGGAAGAAAUGUCUAAAACAACCUCUCCACAGAUUGUAUCUCAGGUUAAAUGCUAACUAACUAUAUCUGUGUCGGGAGUUGUGAAGAGAUUGUUAUAAGUAUUCAUGUUGCUGAUCCUUCAUUAGUUUUACAAAAAUACCCAUUUUUACCAAAAUGGAAUAAAAAGCUGAAGGGUAAUAGCUAAUGGCCAAAAUGGUUGCAAUCGUUCAUACGCAUUCGAAAAAUUUUGUGUAUUGAGAUAUGUGGAAAAGUGCAAUCCAUCAACCCUUAUGAUAUCUGUACAUCAUUGAUCUUCACACCUUUUUCUAAUGUACCACUUGACCCCUCCCUUCUCACUCUUUGUAUUUCCAGAAAUAGCAGAUUUUGAAUCCUUCAAUAGUAGAAAAAGAGGCAUAUUUUCAUUACUUGACAAUGUGGGAUAGGUGCAAUUUAUUCCAUUGUCACUAAGAUAGAAAAAGCAAUCCCAUAGGUACCAUAACCUCUUUUAGGUACCACAAGGUGUCUUUUUACACAGCUCAUUUGAAUACAGAUGUUCGGAGAGGGGUUUUCUAUUUUAAAAAUAACCAUAUCAAAAUAAAUGUGCCUUAUUUUUUUAUAA